UUGUGUAUUACAUCAAUGCAUACUCUGACUUUGAUUCAAGAAUUCAAGAUGGUUUUUAAUGGGACUGAGUCUUAAAAUCACCAGGGCCCUGGUUUUUUCACGAAUAUAGAUAAUCAUUAUUAUCUACAUAUCUAUGGCUUUUUAAUUUCUUUGGCUUGAGCACAUGUGUUUGAAAAACUUUACUGAUAAACAAUUUUCUCUUCCAUAUUAUUGCGUUGCGCAGUAAAACAGAAACGUGCCGGGUUACCGAACGUCGAACACGCAGUUCUCAUAGUUUUUGCGUUUCCAAAGUCACAUGGUUUUUUGAAAAAAAAUAAUAUUUUAGUUUUUAAUUUAUAAGCAAGUUUUAGUUUUAUUUUGUCAUUUACUCUCGUAAUACAUUUUUUGACGUGUUGAUAUACCACAAAUAAAAGUGUUAGAAACAUAAAUUGAUGACCCUAUUAAACUUGAGUAAGUACUACUGAAGUUAAAACGCUUAGUAGCUUGAUUUACGAUUAGUUUUCGUGGAAAUCAAGUAUGUUAUUUUUGCAAUCGUUUUUACAUUAAACGAUUUGCUCAACAACAUAACUAAGUUGUUGCAAUGGUAUUUUGAAAAAUGCCCGAGUAAAGCUGUUUAUCCGUCGUUACGGAUUAAUUCAAGUUUUUUAAAUGACUACCAGUAUGAGUCAAGUAAUCGUACCAUCGUCAGUGCCUUCAGUUGCCAUGUCUACUAAAAGUGCGUGCAAUAAGGAAAAUAUACGCUCAAAAAAAUAUGCGCCCACGUCUGAGGAUAUUGAUGUAAACAAACAUAUCCAAUGUCAAUCUCCAGUGCCUGGUGAAGACAAACCACUACAGGAGCUUAACAAAUGUGACGAGGGUAGUGAAAUUAGUAGUAAUGAUAAAAAAAAAUUUGUGGAAGCUCCAUUACCUAAAACUAACCCAUGGACAGCAAAUAUAAGCGUAGCACAUGUUCGUUCAAAAGAGUCAGCCAAAGAAAAGGACCCAAUCGUUGGGGAAAAAAGAGUCUUGUUACCUCAGCAACAAACUAGUUGUGAUAUGUCAAGUAGCAAAUUCAAUAAGAUUAAAAAAAACAAAGAAUUAAAUGGUAUUGAGGCUUGGCCUUCUUUAGGAACUGCUCAAGGCCCAGAUAAAAAAUGUAUAUCACAAAGUGAAAACACUUCACCAAAUAUUCAGUCACAAUUGCCAAAAGUUAAUAAUUCCUCAUCUGCGAAAGAUGCCCAGACUUCUACUAAUGAGGUAACUUCAGCUAAAAAGUCUUGUCAAAAAAUAAAUGGUGUUAAAAAAAAUGAAACAAGCAAUGACUCCCCAAAUGUUAAUGAACAAGAAAACGGUACAAAUUCUGGUCAUUCAUCAUCUAAUGAAUCAAAUAAUAUUGAUAAACGAAAAAAAGUGAAACAUUCUAAAUGGACACCUCUUGAUAUUGAAAUAUCUAAAGAAAAUAGUUAUAGGAGCAGACUUUCAAAAUAUCGUAGAGAUCGAUCUGGUGGUCGAGACAAAAGUAAUAAUCAAAUUAGAAAUAAAAAUAGUCGCAAGGUUUCUGAUUUGUCAGAUAAUACUAUUUCUGAUUCUGAUAAACGUGAUGGAGGUCCAAUUCGCUAUCUGCGACACCAACGAUCUCGCAAUAGACUGCAAGAUGAAGAACCUAAGACUAACUCCCAAAAACCAUUAUCAGAUGGAAAAAAUGCUAGUUAUAAUUUUAAAGGAAGUGAUGUUUUGUACUCAGGUCCAUCCCGUUUGAAUUAUACCCAACCUUAUUGUGAAUUAGUUCCGUUUAUGACUUAUCCAGUGAUAAAUGAACAGACUGUGAUUAAUCUUCUUAAGCAACAAAUAUCUUACUAUUUUUCAACAGAUAAUCUUUGCAAAGAUACAUUCUUCAGGUUUCACAUGGAUGAACAAGGUUAUGUUCCUGUAACAUUCAUUGCAUCUUUUAAACGUGUAAGAGAACUUAGUCAAGAUAUUAGCCUUGUCAUGAAAGCUAUGAUUGAUAUGGAAGAAUUAGAACUUAAUAGUCACAUGGUAAGAUGCCGAACUGAUCCAACUAAGUGGCCACUUAAAGAAAUACCUCAACAAUUUUUAUUUAAAAAUAAUUUAAAUGCACAACAUCCAUUAUAUGCUCAUCCCAUGGGACCGCCUACAAUUGUUCCACUUAUUUCUCCAGACUUAAUGGUGAAAAAUCUACCUGCACCUCCUCCUCCGCCAAGCAUACACAUAGUUUCUGAUCCCCAAGCUGCCAUGAAUCUUAAUCCUGAUGUCCCAGAAUUCGUUCCAAGGAAUGGCCCCAUAGAAUCGAAGACUGAAGAGAACUGUGAUACAAAUGACUGUGAACAAACAAAAUUAAAAGAUACUCCUUUUACCAAUGAUGGUGAACUUAUUGAAACGCCCAAUAAAUCUAAUGGCCAACAUUCAAAAAUUGCUAAUUUAAAGUCUGAUACAAUCAAAGAAGAAUCCAAUGAUAAUAAAAGUGAAUCUGUUGAAGUUUUAGAUGAUAAAGAAUCGUGGAAAGAAGUUAAAAGACGCUCAAAACCUAAACAUAAUGCUGCCAUAACAUCAGAAACACAAAAUGUUGCAUCUAAUGUAUCUAAACGCAAUUUUCCUGAGAAUCAAAGUGAUACUCAUACAUCAAGUUCAUGGGAUCUUGGAUUUCAGUUUGAUGAAGAUCUUGCUGUUGUACCAUGUGGAAAAAUAAAUAAAUUUAAUGAAGAUCCAAUUGGUUCGGAUAGUGAUGAAUCUGAUUAUGGAGAUAAAGAUGAUUUUGAUGAUAAAGAUAUUGACAAACUCAUGAUAAUUACACAAAAAAUGAUAAGUCGCCCUCAAAAGAUUGAAGAUCGAUCGCAUGAUAGAACAACUCGUGUAAAAAUGACUCAAGAUCUAGAACAUGCUAUUGACUUAGGUUUAAGAUUGUAUGAAGAAGACUUGUGGCAUACAAAUUCUACGAACCAAACAUCGUCCUACAAAACUGUAAAUGUUGUUACACAAGAGGUUUUUGAAAGGCUUGUACCAAAAGCUCCAAAGAAAGUCAAUCAAAUUCCUCCACCACCACCACCUUCUCUAAAUGUUGAUAAUUUAACUGAAAUAAUGGAAUCUACUGAAAGAAAAGAAAUUGAAAAUAAACAAGUAAAAACUCAUACUGCAACACAGACUAAAACUAAAGUGAAAUUUGACCUACAAAAGCCAAAUCGUCGUCACUUCUAUGGAGAUAUUGAUGAAUCUGGAAAUAGAAAACGAAGUCGUUUUAAUGCGGAUAGUGAACAUCAUGUAGGUUGGGUGUUGGACUCUCGUGCUCAUUCUAGACCUCGUACAACAUCAUUUGGUAGUGGAACAUUAGGCACUAGUCCUAGCCCAAGUGAUGGUUUUCUAUCUAGCACACCUCAAUCAUUGCCAACUUUUCAUCAUCCUUCUCACGCAUUGCUUAUGGAAAAUAAUUUUACUCAACAAGCAUACCAUAAAUAUCAUUCACGUUGUUUAAAAGAGAGAUCUAGACUUGGGCCAGGAAUGUCUCAAGAAAUGAAUACGUUAUAUAGAUUCUGGUCAUUUUUCUUGCGGGACAAUUUUAAUAAGAACAUGUAUAAAGAGUUCCAAACUUUAGCUGUAGAGGAUUCAAAUAAUGGUUUCAGGUAUGGAUUGGAAUGUUUGUUUCGUUACUAUAGCUAUGGCCUUGAAAGGAAAUUCCGACCAGAAUUAUAUAAAGAUUUCCAAGCAGAAACUAUAAGAGAUCAUGAAAAUGGCCAACUUUAUGGUUUGGAAAAAUUCUGGGCUUUUUUGGAGUAUUACAAGUAUAGUAAAACACUUCAAGUAGAUUCCAAGUUAAAGCAAUUUUUAAGUAAAUUUAAAACAAUUGAAGAUUUCCGGAAAGCAGAAGAGCAAUUACCUAAAAGUGAAGGUUAUUUGGAUGCAUCUAUGCGAAAAAUGGCACGCAUGAAACGCCACCGUAGUUAUUCUGAAAAUUCUACUCUUGAUACUUUGAAAAUUGCAACAGAUGUUAUAACAAGGCCAUUAAAUAUUACUUCUAAUGUUCCAUCAACUAAUGAUGAAAAUUGGCGUAAAAACUCUGUAUUACCUAGAAGAAGAUAUUUAUCUGUUGGUGAGAAAUCAGGAGACUCUAAAGGUCCUAGAAUCACAAAGGUAACAUUUGAAUUAAAUAAAAAAGGAUCAUCAACAAUUGAAGAAAACUCAUCUGAGUCGCCAAAAUUAAAGUAAUGCCUUACAAUAUCAUUAAGAAAAUCAUGUUAUUUUUUUAACAUUAAUAAAAUAAAUGUAUAGUAAAACACAAAAAAAAAAUAAUUUUGGACAUUUUAGAUAUUUUUAAAUUUAGUUUGUUAUGUUAUUUAUCAAGAUUAUUGACUUGGGUUUAAUAUAUAUUUUUAAACAAAAAACUUGAUUAGCUAUUUCAUGUAUGCAUAUAAACCAAGACAUUUUAAUAUAUAUAUAUAUAUAUAUAUAUAUAUGUAUACAUUUAUAAUGCUCAUAUCUGAGUGCAUUUAUAUUUUAAAAGUAAAUUCUUAUAUUGACACCAAUAGUUAUUAAUUAUAAAUGUGUAAUUGUAAUGCUUACUUUACAUAUAUUACUUACAACUUAUUAAAUAAUUUUGGUGAAGACUGAUCAUUGUGUUUUGUCUUUUUAUUUCAAUAUUAAUUUCUUCAUUUUCCAUUCAAAAAUUAAUCUACCAUAUUUUAUUUAUUUUACUCUAAUGCUUAUUGUGAAACACUAGUCACAUGGUUUGCUAAUUACUAAGUUUAAUAUCAAGUAAAACAAAUAAAAAUGUUUGAUGAGUCUUUGAUACCUAACAUAACAAUUACUUAAAAAAAAGAAAAAUAAGUAUUUAAGGACAGAAAUUUUAUUUUAUGUAAUAAUUUCUUUAAUAAUAUUAUGGAAAGUUUAUUUAGUGUGAUAGUUUUUUAAUAUUUUAACAAUUGUAUUGUAUAAAGUGUGUUGCUUAAUUUAAUUAUUUUGUUAAUACUAUUAUUUUAGUGAUAAUGUUAGCAUUUAAAUUUCAUAACAUUAUUUAAGAACUAUAAUAUUAGUUUAUGGGAAUGGGAUUAGAUAUCUUGUAUUUUAUUUUAUUGUUCCAAAUCUUGGAUUUUAAAUAAAAAAAAUCUAAUAGUUUAUGUCUAUUGCCAUAUAAUUAAAAAAUAAUAAUAUAUAUAUAUAUAAACUAUAAUUAAAGUCAAGUCUUUGAUUGUUUAAUACUUAAAAGUGCUCACAGGGUUUCUUUUUAUUUAUAAUCAAUAAAUUCAAAAGAUUGAGAUAAUAGUAUAUAUUUAAAUUAAUAAUAGUUUUCAUAUUGUUUGUCAUACAAUUUGGAUUAGUUAUUCUAUUUUUGGUAUGUCUAAAUUGAAUUACUGAAUAUGUAUGUAAUCAUUUGAAAAAAGUAAUAAUUUUUUUGUAUUACCUAACAUUUUUAAUAAAUAAUUAUGUAAAAAAUAUAUUUAUAUUUUGCUUUAAACAAUACUUUAAUUUAGAAACCAUUAUAUAUGUUAUUAUUGUUUUCUUUAUCUUUUGAAUUUCCCAUAUUUCUUGAAAUUGAGUUAAAAUUUGUCAAAUCAAAUUUCUAAUGAUUGUGUUCAUCUUUUAAUUUUUAGAAAUAUAAUAUGUUUAAUCUGAUUGCAGUUUAAAGAGUAUAGCUAAUUUAUAUCGCAUAUUGUAUUUUCCAAUAUUUUUUAAGUAUUUUUAAAGUAGGAUAAAUACACUUGUUUUUUUCUUAAAGUAUAUGUAUAAUUAUUAAAUGAUAACAACUGAAGUUUGAAUCCAAAUUUAAAGCCCUUUUUAAAAUAUAUUUUUAAUAAAUAAAAAUAUGUUAUAAUUAAAUUACCCAAAAUGUUUGUGAUUAAAAUUAUUAUACUUAAAAUUUAAUUUGGGUGAUUAUUAUACAUAACUUUAAUUAAAAUAUAUAUAAUUAGUGUAUAUCAUAAUUAAGUGUUUAAGUUUGUUUGAUUGCUACUUUGCUAAUAAUAACAGUGUAUAUAUAUAUAUAUACUGUUAUAUAAUAUUAUAUUUAUUAUAAUAUUUAUAAUUAUUAUUAAUUUGUUCAACAACAUAAUAAACUAUAUUGUUCUGUGUAUAAUCUUAUCAAAAUAUAAUUAUUUUAUUUUGAAUA